GCACGCCGGGCUCGGGGCGGGGCAGGCGAGCGCCGGGGGCUCCGCGGGGCCCCCGCGGGCAGCCCCGGGCUAGGAUGGCGACCCCGGACCAGAAGUCGCCGAACGUCCUGCUGCAGAACCUGUGCUGCCGGAUCCUGGGCAGGAGUGAAGCCGAUGUGGCCCAGCAGUUCCAGUAUGCCGUGCGAGUUAUUGGCAGCAACUUUGCCCCAACUGUUGAAAGAGAUGAAUUUCUAGUAGCUGAAAAAAUCAAGAAAGAACUUACCCGAGAGAGAAGAGAAGCAGAUGCUGCAUUAUUUUCAGAACUCCACAGGAAACUUCACUCACAGGGAGUUUUGAAAAAUAAAUGGUCAAUUCUCUACCUCUUGCUAAGCCUUAGUGAAGAUCCACGCAAGCAGCCUAACAAGGUUUCUAGCUACGCCACGUUGUUUGCUCAGGCGCUACCCCGAGAUGCUCACUCCACGCCCUACUACUACGCCAGGCCUCAGACGCUGCCCCUGAACUACCAGGACCGCAGCGCCCCGCCGGCCCAGAGCUCUGGCAGCCUGGGGAGCAGCGGCGUGGGCAGCGGCAGCGUGUGCACCCUCGGCGGCCCGGCCCCGACGCCUCAGCCUCUCCUCCCGGGGUAA